AUGGGACUGAUGUCUGAAUCUAUCUCGCAGACUCUUACACAUGCUCUGCUUGGGGCACAGAAAUCGGCUCAGCCGACCAUUACCCAGGCUUUGCCUGUAGUAACCCCAUCGCAACCUCACACUGGCCGCAAGGCCACUGCAAAAACCAAACACUCUUCAAUCUCACAGAUGGACAGCUACACACCUGUCAG